ACUACAGCAAUGCAUUUAGCUGGAGCAUGAUGAUGGCAGAGCUCGGUGAUGACUGUCACUGCCUUUCAGGUAUCUCCAUCCUGGGGACAGAGAUGCUGCAGUCUGUGCCUGGAAUUUGGGGUGUUUUAGUCCAAUUUUGAGCUGUGUUCUGUUUCCCAGGGGUUUGGCUGUGCACUGCAUGUUUAUGGGUUCACUGGCGCCGGGUCUUCAGGGGUUGAGUUAGAUGCAGGCCAGACUCCAAGAGCCAAACAACAGCAGGUGGUAAUUGUUCGAGGCACCUAAAAUAAGUCUGGUGAUAUAUGUUCACAUCUUGUGCGGGCCAGGGGUAUAAUUUGGUCCCAGGUCAAGAGGAAAACACAUCCCACCUAAUCUGCAGGAUGAGACAGAGGAGGAGGAGGAGGGGUUUGAUGGUGAGAUACAGACAGUGGCACAUAACACUGCAGGGACACUGGCAUGGUCCUGGUCCCGGUCCCAGUCCCAGUCCCUUGCCCCAAGGGACCCUGGAGUGACUGCUGGAUGUAUCCAUCCGUUGGUACGUUCAGACACUGUAUGCGCAUAAGGAUGUUUGCCUAUCGCUGUUCCCUCCCCCUGCCCCAUACUAUACAUCCGAGGGCCGGGGUCCAGCGUGGGUGCCCCAUUUCCUGCACGUCAUGCCUGGAAGUGUGCACUGAGGGGGUAAAUUUAGCAAGGAAAACACAGGGCCGGGCCAGCUGCUCAACACCCUCCUUCCCCCCCCCCCACCAGAAGCUGUUUUUGGGGCUGGCGUCCCGCCGGAGGAAGCGUGGGAGGCUGUUUCCCGCUGACACCUCCGCGCCUGGCCCCAGUGCCAUUGGCUGCCCAUGGCCCCGGGCAGCAGUUAAAUGCCAGGCAGCCGUGCCGGGAGGGCAGCACGAGCACCUCACGCUUCUACACUUCAGCUGCAGGAUGAAGGCUGUGCUGCUGAUAUUGCUGCUGUGGGCUGCAGCCCGUGCCCACCCUGUGCCUGGCCAUCUCUCUGCGUCCCAAGAGCCUGAGGAUGCAGCACCAGGGGAUGUGGCAAAUGCGCUGGGUCCUGUCCUGGGUGAUGAAGACCAUGGACGCCUCCGUGCCAACUUGGGGCCAUGGGAGACCAGUGAUGCGGAUGUAGCCAUUGGGAACCAUGUGGAGCGAGACCUCGCUGAACACAACGGGCUGCCUGACUGGCCUGGAGAUGAGGAGGAUGACAGCGGGGAUGACACCUUUGAUGAGGAUAAGGAAGAGGGUGCAGGGCCUGCUUAUGGCACUGGGGACAUUGGAGGACAUGGUGACAGUAGCAGCAGCAGCAGCAGUGAGAGUGCGAUGGCCCCACGCCGCCACAUCCGAUACCGUGGUGGCUCCAGGUGGGGAGGAGGCAGCAGCAGCAGCCAGGAGGAUGAUGAGGAGAGCAUUGGGUUGGGCAGUGAAGGCAUGCAGGGUGACGACCCCUCCGUCUUUGACAGCCUGGGUGGCAGGAACCGUGGCAGCCCCUGGGAGGAUGAAGACAGCCACUCCCCAGAGACUGAGGACACCAACUCCAUAGAAGAUAGUGAGGAAAAGAGUCACUCACAGGAGAACAGCGAGGCCAGCAAGUCCAGCGAGGAUAGCGGGUCCAGGGAGGAUGGGGACAGCCCAUCCCAGGAGGAUGGGGACAGUCCUUCCAGGGAAGAUGAAGACAGCCCAUCCCAAGAGGAUGGGGACAGCCCAUCCCAGGAGAAUGGGGACAGCCCAUCACAGGAGGCAUCAGAUGAGGAGUCUGCAGAGGAUGGCUCAGAAGAGGCAGUGAGUGCAUCCCAGGAACGCAGCAGCAGGGAGGAGAGGGCAUCCGCAGAGGACAGAAGUGCGGUGUCAAACCUUGAUACCGAGGAGGAGCAGAGCAGGUCCAAAGAGGACAGCUUAGAGACAGAGGAAGACAUCUCUAAGCCUGACGAGGAUGCUCCAAGUGAAUCAACUGAGAGCCAGAGCUCAUCCCCAGAGGGCAGCCAGGAGGACAGUGAUGGUGAGGAGGACAGGGCAGUGAGCGAAGAGAGCACAUCCACAGAGAGCACCAACAGUGCAUCCCCAGAAGAGGAUGACGAUGAUGAUGAUGAGCACUCCCAGGAGGCUACCAGCCGUGGGGAUGCCAGCUCACUGAGCAGCCUGACACACCGUAGGCGGCGGCCAGGUGCCUACCACAGGAAGCAGGCUGCCGAGCUCGAUGACAACGACUGCCAGGAUGGGUACUGAUGGCACUGCUGCGUCAUUUGUUUGUGGUGGAGUCGGGUCAGCCUCUGCUUCUGCAGACAGACAGGGUGAGGGCUGGCCAUGUGGGCAGUGAGUGGUGGGGCCGGCUGUGGGGAAUCCCAAGUCCUGACCUGCAGGUGGGAACAUCCCACUGCUCUCUCCUUGCCCUUGCUGCUGGGAGUCGCACAUGGCAUCGCACCGGCACACACUGCACCAUGCUGGGGGGGGGUGUAUGUAAUAUUUUGUAAGAAAUGUACAGAAAGCCUUCUAUUGUAACCUCUUUAUGUCCACGGCACUUAUGUCUCCAUGCUGAAAUGUAUCCUGUGUACGUCCUUGAUUCACAUUAAAACCAUCAGACCCCAGCGCUGCAGCUCUGCUGCUGCUUCUCUCUGUGUUGGGGUCA